UCGAAAUGGAGUUGGUGGUGAGGUUGUGAAGGGAAGGAAGUGGAAAAUAACUCUUCUGAUGAUAGUCUUUUGUCGGUUCCAGAUGCUGUUACUCGUUAAAUGGUAGUUAUGUUGAUCCGUGGUGCAGAUAGCCUGGUUCUCCCUGGCAUGUCACCGAACGAGUGAUCAUCUCACCCGGGAUCGGUAGGGAAUGGCCCAGAGACGGAUGCCCGCCGCGGGUCUGUCGAAAUGUCAGGCGAUUCCCAGUGUAACCGACCGAAACUUUCAUAGCCGCAUUCGGGCACAGAUUGAGUCCGAGAUUGGCAAGCUGGGCUAUACAGAGCAGGGAGUUAAUGGGCAUCGGUACAUUAUCUAUAAAAAUGCAUUUGACAAGAUGAUUGAAAAUACCACAGCAUAUAAAAAUAUUCUCACAGCCACCAAACAAGAAUAUGACGAAAGCAUCAAUGUUUUACUCAAAGGACAAAAAGACUCUUUACUUCUGCAGAGAAAGCUGAAAUCAAUGGCUUCUGAGCCGGCGACACUCAUGGCUUACAAGAACAGAGUUAUGCAGCUUCAAAAAAAAAUUGAAAUCAUUAAAAAAAAUACAGCUGGUUUAGAAACUUCCCUGCAAAUAACAAAAAAUUCAAGAAAUGUAAAGGAUGAGACAACAGAAGAGACCCUGCUGCCAGAAAAAGAAACUUCAAAUUUUAAACUCAUUCCAGGCCUAACAUUGGAAGAAUCAGUAAAUAUGGAGGAUCUAUGCAAGCAUCUGCAGAAACUAGAAAGGAAACUUAAGGACUUAAGAGUGAACAAAGAAACAAAAUAUGUGCCAAUACAAAUCAAAACUAAAAUUAGCGAGAAGAUUAAUCAAAAAAUGCAACAAAGUGAAGAGCUGGUUGUGGCAAAUGAGCAAUUAACACUCAGAUACACAAAACUGAAGAUGAUAGCAGAUGCAGUUACUGCUUGGGGGCAUUCAGAUAAGAGUGUUUCUCUCACUGAAUCCAUUUGGCCAAGUAUGACAAAAGCAAGAUCUCUGAAAGAGGUUGAUGUUCCUUGGCCUGGGGUAUUUGAUGACGAUGAUCCUAGUAAUAUUGAUGAAGCUGCGUACUUGUUGGAGUAUGUUGAGAGGUUUACUAAGCUUUUUGAAGAAAAACAAUAUCAGGCAGCUGCAAUAUACGUAGCGAAUUGCCCCAGAGGCAUCCUUCAUAAUAUGGAGGUCAUGGAAAAGUUCAAGGCUGUCACAGAAUAUGAAGGGUAUGUUUCUCCUCUCCUGCAUUUCUUUGAGGCUGUAAUGAACUCCUUUUCUGCCGUCAGACAUCCACCUAAUGCAAAGAUGUCAUUAGAGGGAGUUAAAUGUGCAUUGAUGCACAACAGACAGGAUCUGGUCAUACGUUGGGUGAUACAACAGAGACUGACGUGUUCUGAAGCUCUGGGAGAUGUGAUUUACGAUUAUGGAGAUACUGAACUGCAAAGCUUAGCCACAUGUAUGGCCUUGGCUCAGAAUGUCUAUAGUAAAUGUGAUGUGCAUAAGAAAGCUGUUCUCUGUAUGUGCAGGCUUGGGGAGAUUUCUGGGGCAUUGGCACAUAUCCAUGAGUCCAAGAAGUUCAGCUUAGAUGAUUGUUUAUUCUUAUUGAGCAACUGUCAAAAUACUGAGUUACUUCAGGGCCUGACCCAUGAAUGGAAUGGAAAUCCAGCAGCCCUCUCAAUAGGGCUAGCAGUAUUGUGGCUCAUCUCAAAUGAUCUCAAGGAAGUUGGAUUCCGUCUUUUGAAGGAGACAGAUGAUUGUGGUCAAGGUGCUUUGGAACAGGCCAUCCUUAAUGAUGCUGUCUCUACACUGGAAGAUUGGCAGGAAAUUGCAGAAGCAUGCAACACUCAUAACUACAACAAAUUGGCAAACAGCAUUUUUGCUGUGCUCACAUCACAAGAAGGAGGAACAGUCAUAACAAUUACAACUGAUGAUGACAAAGAUGGUGCAAAAUUGACAGAGCAUAUUUUAUUGUAGCUCUGUCAGUUUGUAAGUACAUUUUAUAACAUUCAGAAUUAAAGAUGGAAAGUAUUACAUCGUCAAAAUCUUUGUUAAAUUCAGUUCUAUAUAUUGCAUCACAUUCUCAGAAAAUGCUGGUAUAUUUUUUCCAAUAAGUUACUUCUGAAAUAUGGUCAUUGAUCUACAUUGCAGUCAAUUAGUUCACAAUGGGAUCCUAUAAACAAUAAAGCCUCAAACGUGCUCCCCUGACAUUUGGUUGCAUCGAUACCAAUGUUGAUAUAACAUCUGCUUAGCAAUAGUGACCAAAGACAAACAAAUACAUAAAUUCCCUGUUUAAAAAAUAAGAGCUCCCCCCCCACCCCAACAAUACAGUAUUUAACUUCCUCAGGGCUAACCUAUAGACAAAUUAAAAGCUCAAAUGGACUCCUCCAUUUCGAAGCAAACAUAAAAGCCAAAGAGAGGGCAUUUAACAGAGCAAAAAUUAGUGGGAAGUUAGAGGACUGGGAAGCUUUUAAAAACCAUCAGAGGGCAACUAAAAGAGGUGAACAUGGAACACUAAAGUUAGACAAUAGACAAUAGGUGCAGGAGUAGGCCAUUCGGCCAUUCGAGCCAGCACCGCCAUUCACUGUGAUCAUGGCUGAUCAUCCACAAUCAGUAUCCAGUUCCUGCCUUAUCCCCAGAACCUUUGAUUCCACUAUCUUUAAGAGCUCUAUCCAUUUCUUUCUUGAAAGCAUCCAGAGAUUUGGCCUCCACAGCCUUCUGGGGCAGAGCAUUCCAUAUAUCCACCACUCUCUGGGUGAAAAAGUUUUUCCUCAACUCUGUUCUAAAUGGCCUACCCCUUAUUCUUAAACUGUGGCCUCUGGUUCUGGACUCACCCAUCAGCGGGAACAUGCUUCCUGCCUCCAGCGUGUUCAAUCCCUUACUAAUCUUAUAUGUUUCAAUAAGAUCCCCUCUCAGCCUUCUAAAUUCCAGAGUAUACAAGCCCAGUUGCUCCAAUCUUUCGACAUAUGACAGUCCCGCCAUCCUGUGAAUUAACCUUGUGAACCUACGCUGCACUCCCUCAAUAGCAAGAAUGUCCUUCCCCAAAUUUGGAGACCAAAACUGCACACAGUACUCCAGGUGUGGUCUCAUCAGGGCCCUGUACAGCUGCAGAAGGACCUCUUUGCUCUUAUACCCAAUUCCCCUUGUUAUGAAGGCCAGCAUGCCAUUAGCUUUCUUCACUGCCUGCUGUACUUGCAUGUUUGCUUUCAGUGACUGAUGUACAAGAACACGUAAGCUAGCCAAGAAUAUUAAAGAGGAUACCAAAAGUUUCUUCAGAUACAUGAAGUGCAAAAGAGAGAUGAGAGUAGAUAUCGGACAGCUGGAAGACGCUAACAGUUUGGUGGAAGUUCCAGGUGUCAGGGGUCAUGAAGUGUGUACUAUUACUAGAGAGAAAGUUCCUGGGAAAUUGAAAGCUCUGAAGGUAAAUAGCUCACCUGGACCAGAUGGUGUACACCUCAGGGUUCUGAAAUAGGUGGGUGAAGGAAGUGUGGAGGCAUUAGUAAUGAUCUUUCAAGAAUCACUAGAUUCUGGAAGACUGCAAAAUUGCAAAUGUCACUCUACUCUUCAAGAGGGGAGAGAGGCAGAAGAAAGGAAACUAGGCCAGUUAGACUGACCUCAGUGGUUGGAAAGAUGUUAGAAUUGAUUAUUAAGGAUGAAGUCUCAGGGUACUUGGAGGUACAUGACAAAAUAGGCUAUAGUCAGCAUGGUUUCGUCAAGGGAAAGUCUUGCUUGACAAAUCUGUUGCAGGAACUUGGAUUUUCAGAAGGCCUUUGACAAGGUCCCACACAUGAGGCUGCUUAACAAGUUAUGAGCCCAUGGUAUUACAGGGAAGGUUCCACCAUGGAUAAAGCAGUGGCUCAUUAGCAGGAAGCAAAGAGUAGGAAUAAAAGGAGUCUUUUCUGGUUGGCUGCCAUUGACUAGUGGUGUUUCAUAGGGGUCUGUGUUGGGAUCAAUUCUUUUUACGUUAUAUUUCAUUGAUUUGGAUGAUAGAGUGGAUGGCUUUGUUGCAAAGUUUACACGCAAUAUUAAGAUAGGUGGAGGGGCAGAUAGUUUUGAGGAAGAAGAGAGGCUAGAGAAGGAUUUAGACAGAUUAGGGAAUGGGCAAAGAAAUGGCAGAUGGAAUACAGUCUCAGGAAGUGUAUGGUCAUUCACUUUGAUAGAAGAAAUGAAAGGGUUGACUAUUUUCAAAGUGGAGAGAAAAUACAAAAAAUUCAAGUGCAAAGGGAUUUGGGAGUUUCUUUGCAGGUUGAGUCUAUGGUGAGGAAGGCAAAUGCAAUGUUAGCAUUCAUUUCAAGAUGACUAGAAUAUAAAAGCAAGGAUGUAAUGUUGAGACUUUAUAAGGCACUGGUGAGGCCUCACUUGGAGUAUUGUGAGCAGUUUUGGGGUUCACGAAAAUAAUAUCCAGGAUUGAUUGGCUUGUCAUACAAAGAGAGUUUGAUAGCGCUGGGUGUGUAUUCACUAGAACUCAGAAGAAUUAGGGGUGACCUCAUUGAAACCUAUCAAAUGGUGAAAGGCCUUGUUGGAGUGGACGUGGAGAGAAUGUUUUCUAUGGUGGGAGAGUAUAAGAUCAGAGGACACAGCAUCAGAAUAGAGGGGCAUCCUUUUAUAAUGGAGAUGAGCAGGAAUGUCUUCAGCCAGAGUGUGGUGAAUCUGUGGAAUUCUGUGGAGGCCAAGUCUUUAUGUAUAUUUAAAGAAAAGGUUGAUAGAUGUUUUGGUUGGUCAGGGCAUGAAGGGAUACAGGGAGAAAGCAGGAUAUUGGGGCUUAAAGGAAAAUUGGGUUAACCAUACUGUAAUGGCGGAUCAAACUCGAACAGCCAAAUGACCUAAUUCUGCUCCUAUAUCUUAUGGUCUUAUGAUCAGGACUGAUAUUAACUGAGCUAGCAGAAUAUACUGAGCAAUAUACACAGUCAGGCAACAUCUUUGGAGAGGAAUAAGUUGACAUUUCAGGCCGAGACCCUUCAUCAAGAUCAAAAUAUAUUUACCUUUUUAACUUCCCCUUGUGGAACUGUGCAUCAAAUACAAAUGUCUCCUAUGCUGACGUACGCUAAAUGCUAUAUCAAUAUUGGAAAAUUAUUGCAGAGGAGUCCAUGUAACACAUUAAAUCCAUGAUGGUCAAAAGUAGAAACUAAGCUUUUAUUAUUUUCCAGUUUUAGGUUCUUAGCCAUGCAGUUUACAACUCUUCAAAUGCUCAAUCAGGUACUUUUAAAAAUGUGACUUAAGUAUCUGCUGCUCCCACUUUUAUUGACUCCUAGAGUGAAAUAAGGUUUUCUCAAAAACUUGCUAAGCCUUUUAAUGAUUACCCUAAAUCAAUGUGUCCUAGUCAAUGAAAGCUGUGCUUUGAGGGGAAGACUUUUUCUGAUCAUGCAGUCAGAAUCAGAAUCAGAUUUAAU